CGAAGAAUAAUAUUCGAUCAACAUAUCUCGAAUUUAGAGAUCGAUAGAUCGAGCAAUUUACUUAAAUUAAUCGAUUAAUCGAAUAUGAGUAAUUUCAAUAUCGAUAUGGCAACCGCUAGAAGAAAUCAAAUACAACAGACAAAUUCCAUUGGAAGACAUAAUAUCACAAAUAAAAGAGUAUUAUUAAAAGAAUCUGAUUAUAAUCACGCAUUAUGGAAAUGCUACUAUUCUAUGUAUAAAGAAAGGAUCAGCCUAGAAAAGAGGACUCAAGAAAAUGUAGAGAGAGUAAGUAAUAAUGUCAGAAAGUUAACUGGAAUUCUCAAGGAAAGGGUGCUUAGAAGUCUUAUGGCCUUCUUCCAAGAGACCAAUUUACAAUUAGAAAACUAUGUGCGGUUGAUAGUCAAAGGUAGGACGACAAGGAAGAACGAGCAAUAGGAGAGGAUUUAAAAAAGUGAGAAUGCCAUUAAUUUAGUUGUUUACGAGAAAGAGAGGGGCCGAGAUCGGAGCAGUUUUUAAAAACCAUUAUUUUUGGCACUUUCUCCUACAUUCGAAAUCGUUCUUGACGGUACUCUCACUCUUCUACUUUCACUAUAAUUUUUUAUAUGAUUUCUGGCAAAGCUAGUUUCUAGCAACCAAUAAAAAAAUGGUUUGACAUUAGAAGGUUUAGUACAGGUUUACCAUAGUGAUCGACGGUGGUGAGUACACAGAUGUCUUUGACUAAGCUUCAGACACUUUCAAUAUGAUGUACAAUAACAAGAAGUUAAAUAAAUUAAACAAUUGCUAUUUACAGUCAGGAAUAAAUAAGUAUAUUUUCAUAUACUUUUAUGUAUAUAGGAUGUCACAGUUCGAGGAGUGGAAUUUCUGCAUGUGGACCUAAUUCGAUAGCCAGGGUCUGUAUAAAUACAGGAUACGAGUUGAAAGUAAGCGAAGGAAUCAUCCGGUGCAUCCGAAUGAGGAAGAUAACGAUUUGGAAAGGGAAGAAAGAAAGGUGGAGGGGUAGUGUGAAGAGCCGUAUGAAAGGAACUAUCAGGAGAGAGAGAGAGUGGUCUCUGGAUGCUGUAUUUCCGUUCCUCAUCAGUAGUCAACCUUAUGCCGAGGAUCUCCUCCUUUCUUCGCAGUGUCAUCGGGUAAUCGGCGAAGGAAAGACGUCGAAGUGAUUCCGAUCGCGAUGGAAAUGUAAUUGAAAUCAAACACCUGUUCCUCUUAUCGUUCUAAGGAUCGGUACUUUUCAUUCAUUUCGGUCAUCGUCAGUCGUAGGUUGGCGUGUGCGUAUGCCAGGGUGCGUGCGUGGGUAUGUGUGCGCUAGCAUAAAGCACCAAUCGAUCGAGUAAUAAUCUACGAUUAAAUAAUUAAUAAUCGGGGGCAAAUGUAUUGUUGGAUAUCAUAAACGCAAUGGUCCGCGUGGAAUUUUUGGAGGAACUCGUGAUCCAGACAAUGUUCGCCGGUUUCAGCACGUGGUGUGAAAAGAAACGGUCUGACGAAUGCUCAUGUUUAUCGUUAAGCAGCCCCUUUUGAACGUCACGUGGCAAGAGGAAGGGAAGAGAACGCGUGGCAGACGUGCAAAGAUGGGAAUUGUCCUACCAAGAGUAUUUCGACGAGCCGAUUCAUACGUGCGAUUCAAAUCGGCAUUGUCAAAGUCGAAAGUUACUGAGUCUAACUUUCACUAAUAACCAAACGGUGUAAUGCUACGGUUUCACGCGUGUACCGCACGUUCACGGGACGUCGUAGGGUACUGAGAACGUGUUACGAAGCAACAACCACACGAAGAGACGACGUGCCACUUGUUUCGGUGACCUGGUUUCACGACCCACUUUUCUACCGGACCACACUACGUGUGAAUGCCUUCGCCACGCUUCGCGUAUUCUUACGGUACACGAACGGUAUCCAGGAAAAAGACACACAAAGUUCAGAAAUGAAAUUAAACAUUUGCAGAAUUUUUCAGGCGUUCUCAUCGAGACAAAUUUUCUCAUUAAUGUGUACUUUGUGAAGAAAGAUAGAGACCCCCAUUUAAGGGUAGGAUUAUAUUUCAUCGUAAGAUUACGACUAUAUAUUUAGACGAGUCGUAAGUUUGUUCGAGUUGCAAUUACCGUCGAUAAACGAUAAAAAUAGAAAUGUGAUCGAUCAACGGUAUUCUUCAGAAUUUAGUAUCUUUCUGAGCGGAUUAUAUUUAAACAUAAAUAGAUAGAUAGAUAGAUAGAUAGAUAGAGAGAGAGAGGUUCUAGCAAGAAUGCUAGAUCAUCGAUUGAACUUUUCUAUUGCGAUUCUGUUCGAAUAAAUCACAGGAGCUAUGCAAGUAUCGAUCGGUAAUAACGGCGAGUUAACGUUUGAAAAAGAUCGGGGAAUAAAACUGUUUCGAAGGAAAAGACACUGCAUGGAAACUGCGAGUUUUCGAUUCGUAAAGCGUAAAGAUUUAGGGUGUUCCUUCGGAUUAGUGAACGACUAGAGGAGCUACAACGAGUCGGCAACGAGUCAAAUCUUUGUCGAUCGAUCUUGUUUUAGAUCGCCGGUAGAAAAGAGAAAUGAAUUGGCUUGCAAGUUUACUUUUCACUCGGCUCCUUGUUGGAUUCUAUUGUCAAGCCGAUAUCAGGAAAAAUGACCGGUAUUUAGAGAAUUUCGAUCUAGAUACAAAGAAGGAAACUGCGAUGGAAAAUGUAAUCGAUACAGAAGGACAGACACGAUUUUUCGACGAACUCGGACAAGUGAUCGAAUUGUUUGGUGAGCUACUGUCGCUACUAUUGCUACUGUGCAUAUAUAACAUGCAAAUAUGUACAUUAUACGUGGGAAAAGAAAGGAAGAAAGGCAAAGAACAACGGAAAGAAAGGACGCGAGGACAACAAGGUUUUCUUGAUCGAUUGAAGAAAAAGAUGAACGGCGAGGAAUUGGAACAGUUAACGUCGACAAGUUACAGGCAGGGAAGAAGACGUAAAUUAACCAGUCAACAGCAAGGCACCCUCCUUGUCGAGGCUCUGAGGAAAAAACGAAAUUACACGGGAGAUCAUCGAGGUCAUAAUAACGAUCUGCAGAAUGGCUUAAUGGACAUGUUGGGUAGAAUGAUACCGCAAACGUGUACGUACAAAGGAACGACAUUCGAUUGUGGCCUUAGUAUUAGUUGCGUUCUCGGAGGUGGUCGUCCGGUCGAUCUCUGUUCCGGAGGAUUGAUAUGGAGCUGUUGCGUCGACGACGAUGACAUCCCCGACAAAGUAUCACGACCGACAAUCGGGCUACUGCAAAAUGCUACACUUUCGUUAAACUUGGGAAAUCAACAUCCCUAUGUGGACGAUGAUGUGCAAAUCUACGACAACGCGGCAAGGCCGAGCAAACCGACGUAUAGCGGUCAGAACGAGCACGGGACGAGCUACCUGUACGCAGACAUCGCAAACAAACCAACAACCAUUUAUGAGUCUUCACAGACAUGGAAUUACGAUCGGCCUGUGCAUACAAAUCAUCCAUCGGUUUAUCAUCCGCUGCAGCUUGAUUAUCCUCAGGAUGAAUAUGACGUCGCUUAUCCCGAUGUUUCGGGAAUUCACACACCAAACGAGGACGUCUCAAACUCCGUGGAUUAUUCCAAAUAUCGUGGUUGCGGUGAACUUUACACGAGAAGUAAUAGAAUCGUUGGUGGGCACAGUUCCAGUUUCGGUAGUCAUCCAUGGCAGGCUGCCAUUAUCAAAUCUGGAUUCUUAACAAAAAAGUUGUCAUGCGGCGGUGCCUUAUUGAACAACAGAUGGGUCGUCACCGCGGCUCACUGUGUCGCAACAACACCGAAUAGCAACCUGAAAGUUCGUCUUGGUGAAUGGGACGUUAGAGACGCAUCCGAACGAUUGCUACACGAAGAAUUCAACGUCGAAAGGAAAGAGGUUCAUCCGCAAUACUCGCCAACCGAUUUCCGAAACGACGUGGCAUUGGUGAAGCUUUCGAGAACAGUGGCGUUCAAACAACAUAUCGUACCUGUUUGUUUACCAGCUAAGAAUCUCAAAAUUUCUGGACGCACAGCGACAGUUGCCGGUUGGGGUAGAACUAGACACGGGCAAAGUUCGGCGCCGUCGGUUCUUCAAGAGGUUGAUGUCGAGGUAAUCCCCAAUGAAAGAUGUCAGCGUUGGUUUCGAGCGGCUGGAAGACGCGAAACCAUUCACGACGUCUUUUUAUGCGCCGGAUAUAAGGAAGGUGGUCGAGAUUCCUGUCAGGGGGACUCGGGUGGUCCUUUAACCAUGUCCGUCGAAGGAAGACACGUAUUAAUCGGUCUCGUAUCAUGGGGUAUAGGAUGCGGUCGGGAACAUCUGCCAGGUGUAUAUACGAAUAUCCAGAAAUUCGUACCUUGGAUCGACAAGGUUAUGAGUUAGGUUUUGUAAUUUAUAAGGACAUAGGAGAUACAUAAAUGAAAUUGAAAGAUAUAGCUCGACAAAUGUGAUGAGAUAACAUGCAAAAGCUAUACGGGAAGAUACCAGUUUAUAACGAUCGAUCGUUUACAAUAUAAUUUUAUAAGCUGUAUAGUUACAGUAUUAUAAUAUUCAAUGUAAUAUAAUUCAUUGUAAUAUUCAAUGCCAAACAGCUUAAUUUUUACAUUUAUGAAUCGAUAUUAAUAGCAAUGAUUUAUAUUGCUAUAAACUACUUAACUAUUGUACGAACAAUUGGAAUACAAUCUCUGUGUCGUUGAAAGAAAUCGUUACGUUUUAUUCAGAUUAUUAGAUCUAGCAAAUCCUUCGAAAACUGAAGGUAAGCAUGCAUCAGACAACUUUUCCUUGUUCGUAUAAUAGUAGUUCACGUUCAGAUAAAUGAAUUCAAUCACGAGAAGUUCAUUUAAUCGAGCAAUAACUAAAGUUCUGUUUGAAUGAACGCGUUCGGACUGAUUACACCCGCGCCUUGUUAUAAAUUGUAGAUGGUGUAAUAAAAUUUUCGAAUGGCCGGUAUUGCAGAACAUGCUAAAUGAACAUGAAAGUGGUAACGAGAGCGACGU